CAUACCAGAAAAAGGUUUUGCAUUUCUCUGCCAUGGCUGGUCUCGCCAGCGCCUUGACAUUCAAUCCCAUUCUUUCUAGAUCGAACCCCAACUUCCUUCCUUAUCUUCACCCCACCCGCUUGACCAUCUACCUUCACUCUCCAACAUUCUCUCUGUCCACAUCUUCCUUCACCUCCGCCUCUAUCUCUGCCCAGCAUUUUGACCGUCGUGGAGGCAGCUCUGAUGAUGACGAAGCCCUAGACUUAUCUCUUAUUAGGUCAAACAAAGUCAGGCUUAUUGACCAAGAACAAAAUAUGGUUGGCAUUGUUUCAAAGAAUGAAGCUCUACAAAGAGCUGAAGACUCUGAACUUGAUUUGAGUAAACAUUUUGCAGUUCAAAGGAGAGUGGCAAUUGCCUUGAUCUUUUCGAGAUUCAUGCUAUCAAAUUCACUUGGCACCGUGAUUGCUAAAUCUUAUGGGUUUAGGGAGUACAUUGAUACCUUUGAUGGCUAUUCAUUCAAGUAUCCUCAGAAUUGGAUUCAAGUAAGAGGUGCUGGUGCUGAAAUAUUCUUCAGAGACCCUUUUGUGCUUGAUGCGAAUCUCUCUGUGGAGAUAUCCUCUCCUUCCUCCUCCAGGUACCAAAGUGUUGAAGAUUUGGGUCCACCUGAAGAAGCCGGAAAGAGAGCACUUCAGCAGUGUCUGAGGGAGUUCAUGUCCACUAGGCUUGGUGUCAGGCGUGAAUCUCGCAUUCUUUCCACUACUUCAAGAAUGGCAGAUGAUGGGAGGCUGUACUAUCAAGUUGAGGUAAAUUUGAAGUCAUAUGCAAACAACAAUGAAUUGGCGAUCAUGCCACAGGAUCGCGUGGCUUCCCUCGAAUGGGAUCGGCGAUACCUCUCGGUGUUUGGAGUGGGAAACAACAGGCUAUAUGAACUGAGAAUACAAUGUCCCGAAAACGUAUUCUCUGAAGUGGAGAGUGGCAUCCAUGAAGUCAUGAACUCUUUCAGAGUGAAUACUGUGGCAGUUUGAUCUUUUUAGUGUUCUGUCAUUCAAGAAUUUCUCUUAUCUUCUUUUCAUCAUCCUUUUAUUUUGUUCCCUUUUAGUUUGUAAGUCUGGUACCUGCUCCGUUUUCUAAGCACUGAGCUUCAAAAGUACUGAAGGCUAAAAAGGCAAGGCAAGCAUGCAUUUAAAGUCACUAAUGCAUUCAAAGUCACCAUUUGCAUGUUUAUUGCAUGUUUAUCGAAAGAGUUUAUUGCACCAAUACCCCAUACAGUUGUGAAUAGUGAAAAGAAUUUAUUAUUUUAAUUUAGAUAAUUAAAUAAACUAAAACAUU